AUGCUAUUUAUGACCAUCAGUUAUCUUUAUUAUGCAACGAAUGCUAUAAAAAAGAAAGUAUAUAAAUCUUUAAGUCCUAAAAUUGUAAGAACGAUUAAGAAAGGUGAAGAAAAAUUGAAAUAUGUUGAAAUAAAGUUAAUUCACAAAAAAAUAAACUAUCUGAAUUAAUAAAUUCGACAACAGAAUUUAGAACAUAAAUUCUAACAUUUUUUGAAUAUCUUAUAAUAAAUCUCGAGAUUUGGAAUUAAGCAUUAUAUAUUAUGA